AUGGAUGAAUAUUGGAAGAGAAGUGGUCAAAUACCAGCUUUCGGAAACUGGGAUAUUGCGAACGAGUUGCCAAUAACUCAGUACUUCGAGAAUGCAAGACAAGCUGGUUUGAUUCGUUACAGUUCUUCAUCUGGCGAGAGCGGUUCUUACCUGCACGGAGAACAAGAUCUGUAUGCAGUUGAUUCCAAGAAUCCAGUUGAAAAGACGACGAGGAACAGAGAAACAACCAUGAGAAAACAGAGCAAAGUGUACGAUGUAACGGAACCCCCAAGGAAACCGACAAUGAGCAAGAAGAAGACAUUAGAUGUAAACGACGUCGUUGGAAAGGCUCCUUUACCAACCAGACUUCAAAAAGCAGUUGACGAAGAUCUCUACAAAAUUUCUCCACAACUUCUUCGCAAAACCAAACGGAAAAAAAUGUUGGGGUUCAUUUCCACGUGUCUGGUGCCUGGUGCCUGCGUUUCAUGA